AUGGCCCUCAUCGCUCGAUUGACGGCGAGGUUCAACACAUACUAUGAAGAACGACCACGUACGCACACAUGCCGCCCACAAGCAGCCUUGCUAUUCUUGCAUUCUCUCGACACGACUAACCCUUGCGAAAAUAUAGUCAUGACCAUGAUGGUCACCAAUGCCAUCCUCGGUGGCGUCGCCGACACAGUUGCCCAGAGCAUCACAGCCAUCCGGACACGCGCCUCUCGGAAAAGCAUCGGCGCCGAUAAAGACGAAUUUGCCAUCGAGAUUCACGAACUGAACCGUAAAAGUGCAGACUUUGAUGAACGCGACUUUAUCCCCGACAGCAAGGCACUGCCAACAGCCUUUGACUUUGAGCGGCUAACUCGAUUCAUGGCCUAUGGUUUUUGCGUCGCGCCCCUUCAGUUCAAAUGGUUCCGAUUCCUCGAACGAGCGUUUCCCAUAACCAAGACGAGCGCAUUUGGCCCAGCCAUGAAGCGUGUGGUGUUUGAUCAGCUUGUGUAUGCACCCUUUGGUGUGGGCCUGUUCUUUGUCGUCAUGACCAUUGCCGAAGGCGGCGGACGACGCGCCAUUGGCGGCAAGCUUCGCGACAUGUAUGUGCCUACUCUCAAGGCCAACUAUGUCGUCUGGCCAGCCGUGCAGAUUGUCAACUUCCGCCUCAUGCCGGUACAGUUUCAGCUACCAUUCGUAUCGACAAUCGGUAUCGCUUGGACGGCGUACUUGUCCCUUACCAACGCCUCCGACUAG